AUGAUUGAUACCUACAAGUAUGGCACCGCGAAGAUCGACAAGGAAGGCCUGGCUGCGUGGCAUCGACCCCAGCCUGCGGCUGCAUGUGGUUUAGGCAGAACGUCUGGUAAUACUAUCUUCUUCUCUGCCCUUCUCGGCUCCCCCGCAAAGGUUACCGUUAGUGUUGGAGGUGUGUCCCUACAGGCGAGCUGGACCUGGCAGCCCGACGGCGAUGUUGGAGUCUACCACGGCAGCGUUCCCUUUGGAUCGCACCGGGGAGACGUCGUCGUCACGCUUGAGCGAGACGGAAAGCAGAUUGCGGAAGUCAAGGGAAGCUCGAUCUCUACCGAUUGCGAGCAGGGCCUGACGAACUUCAACGCCUGA